AUGAGCUCGUCUCUACGUCUAGCCUCGGAGCCGGUCUCAGCCAGCUUUGUCUUCUCGGAGAAACAGCCCUUUCAUCUUGGCCUCGGCAAGAUAGAGUACUCCGAUGACCCUCCUGCCCACAACGAGAGCCUGUCGGGUGACGGACCGGCGCAGCAAGAGUCGGUGGUGCAUCGAUGUUGGAACAUGCUAGGGGAUGGAAGUGAGGAGAUAGCCUUGCAGUCGCCCCACAAACUACAUGCAGGAGCUCGGAAAGAGGUUGCUGGCACUCCGCAGAAGGGCAGCGGAAGGAUCGUUGAGGAGGGGGAGAGGUCGAAUGAUCCUCCUCUGCAAGAAAGUGUGUCGUACAUCAAGACGAUCUUGGAACAUACCAGGCAGUCGCUGCAGCCGGCAGAGCAUUCUGACUCGGUUUCUGAAGACUCUGAGCAAAAUGACAGAGAGUUGAAAGAGAUAUCCAUGAACAAACCUGCGCCCUCCGGAGCCAAACCAAGGAAAAACAAGAACAGAGACUUUGGGGAUGACAGCAUUCUGAAGAGAUCCAAGACGAUUGAAGACGCAGAGAACUCCCCUCCUUCUCACGAGGCCCUUGAAGAGGUCUGGGUCAGAAGCGUGAGCACGCUCAUCCAACCUCACAUCGCCCUUUCCAACAAGCAGUACAUCCUCGUGGCCCCAGACUCCCUCCAACCUCUGCCCUCCAGCGAUCGGCGGCUGCAGAGCCUCAAGAAGGAGACGGGCACUCAGACAGACAGCAAGCCGACGAGACCAGACGGCAUUUCAUCGCAACCUCCUCUGCCACAGGCCCAUCCAUCACUGCAGACCCCCCAGCGACAGGCCCAGCAGACCCCCCAGCGACAGGCCCAGCAUACCCCUAAGAGUCAGGCCCAGCAGACCCCCCAGCGACAGGCCCAGCAGACCCCUAAGAGUCAGGCCCAGCAGACCCCUCAGCGACAGGCCCAGCAGACCCCUAAGAGUCAGGCUCCCCAUCUUCUAUCGUCAUCCUCACCGAUGCCAUCGAGCUCAAGCACAACAGCGAGGACGCCCAUGUCUCUUCAGCGACCCGCAAGGCCUGCGCCGAAGCUGCUUCCUCCCUUCACCCGGCAGCGCAAAAACUCGAGCAGAAGAUCUUUCGGGGGCUCCACCUACUCCUUCAUGGAGCUGUGA